AUGAUAGUCAGGGGACCAUGUCCGAUGAUGAAUACACUCGCAAACCACAACUACAUCCCUCGCAACGGGGGUAACAUCACCAAGGACAAUGCGAUCCGUGGUCUUGGUGAAGCUCUCAACUUCGAUGAAGCAUUAGCAAGUUUAAUGUGGGAGCAAGCCAUUAUUGCAAAUCCUGCACCUAAUGCUACCUUUUUCACCCUUGACCACCUCAACCGCCACAACAUACUCGAACACGACGCCUCACUGUCGCGUGCAGACGCAUACUUCAGCAACGCCUCUACCUUCUCCGCCUCCAUCUUCUCCCAGACAACAAAAUUCUGGAACAAAGACACACUGACGGCGGAAAUGCUUGCCAACAGUAAACUAGCGAGGAUGAUUGAGAGUAGAGCUUUCAACCCUGACUAUGCAUUUACGAGUGGCAAUGAGGAGUUUGCUCUUGGUGAGGUUGCUGCGCCGAUUAUUGUGUUUGGGGAUACAGAGGCGAAGACGGUGGAGAGGGAAUUGGUGGUGGAGUUUUUUGAAAAUGAGAGGUUGCCUUGGGAACUUGGGUGGAUGAAGAGGAAGGAGAAGGUGGGGUUGAGGGAUGUGUUGGAUGUUGUGGAGGCUGUUAGGGACGCUACUAGUUUGUUGACGGGGAGGAGAGACUGA